CGAAAUCCCCAGGGGAGGGAGAGAAGAGGAGGGUGCGGGAGAUGGACUUGGAGGCGAGAGGUGGCGGCAGUUCCCAGGCGCUUUGACGUAGACUUGGAGAGGCGCCGAGCACUCCCACUGCUUAAGAAGAGGCACGGUAGCCUUCAGGACGCGGAAGCUGGGGACAGUCACUCGCUCCGGGAGCUGCCUGAGCAUUUGCUCUCCGCGCACUCGAGGGAACCCUGUCCAGACAUUCGAGGGAAUCCUGAGGGGGCCUGGCAGGUGAGUGCGGAGCGACGCCCUCCUGCGACCUGCGAGCAGAGCCGCGGGGUAAGGAGUUUCAGGGCCAUGGCCAAUCCUGGGAACAGAGGAGGGAUCCACCGCUCCUUGAGCCUCACCUGUUCUCUGCUCAUUGUGGGAAUGUGCUGUGUGUCUCCUUUCUUCUGUCAUAGCCAGACAGACCUGCUGGCUCUUAACCAAGCUGAUCCUCAGUGCUGGGAAUCGUCUUCAAUGCUUCUCCUGGAAAUGUGGAAGCCUCGCAUUUCCAACACUGUUUUAGGCUUCUGGGAUUUUAUGAUCUACCUGAAGUCAUCUGAGAACUUGAAGCAUGGGGCACUGUUUUGGGAUUUGUCCCAACUCUUCUGGGACAUCUAUGUGGACUGUGUUCUUUCCAGGAACCAUGGUUUAGGAAGAAGGCAAUUGGCUGCAGAGGAAGAGAAAAUCUCGGCAGUACAGCCACAGAACACAGGAAGUAAACAAGGUCUAUAUUCCCAGCUCCUAAGAACUCCUUUCCUAAAGAAGAAAGAGUUGAUUGAAGAUUUGAUAAAUAUGCAUGUGCGCAGGAGUGGGUCUAGAUUCAUUGGAAAAGUGAACCUGGGAACAAAGAGAAAAUAACCUAACCCCAGAGCUAA